AUGUCGCUGAGUCUAAGACAGAUGCCACAGAAUGACGAAGCCUGGCGUCAAGGCAGGCAUUGGAGUCGACCGGUAGAGCUGCCGGACGAGGAUCGGAGCCUCCACCUGUGCGCACGACACCGAGCGAUGAAUCUGAAGAGUUCAGACUUUUAUGGCUGGCCGAAAGAUAAGGAACUGCCCCCAGAUACAGAUUUUGGUCUCCUGGCCGAGGUGCUUGAGCGAAGCGAUUAUUGCGUCCUCUGUCGCCUAAUUGCGGACUCGGCAUCUCAUACAAUGCACGCCAAUGAUGCCCAAGUCUUGGGGUGCUGGAUCCGUGACGGUGUGCUCGAAGGCGAUGACACGACAUCACUCAGGAUAAGAGUUGUGCCGGACAUGAUUGGUCCUGAGGAUGCUUUUGCACCUUUCGAUGUUGUACCACUGAAUAACUCGAACAAACUUUCCAAAUUCUUCGCAGGCAGGAGAGUGAACACUGGCCAGAUAAACUUGGAUCUUGUGCAGUCUUGGAUUCGUCACUGCAAUGAUUGGCACGGAUCUGAGUGCACCGGUACUCUUCGAGGAUCCGGGAAUGGCCAAAGUCCGAACUUUGACCCCUUCAUCAGACUCCUAGACCUUGAAGAAGACAAGCUCGUCGAGCUGCAAGAUCCGGGUCCUUAUGUGGCUCUCAGUUAUGUAUGGGGAACCAAGCCCGUCUUCAGAACUCUUAAGGACAAUAUCAAAGAGCUCAAAUCCUCAGGUGGGCUGGCUCAGAAACGAGACACGUUUCCCAAAUCGAUUCGGGAUGCCAUGACAGUCACGCUAUUGCUGGGCUAUCGCUACGUUUGGAUAGAUUCGAUCUGCAUCAUACAGGACAGCAACGAGGACAAGUCCAAGCAGCUUGCCGCCAUGGAUCAUGUCUACACUAGAGCUGCACUUACAAUUGUGGCCGCUGGUGGUGAUGGUGCCGAUGCUGGCCUGCCAGGGCUCGUUCCAGGCUCGAGGUCAUUGACACAAGUCGUGGCGGAUUACUCAUCCGAACUCAAGCUGGUAACUCUCCAGCCUGACUGCCAGCUGGCUGUAGAGACCACAACAUGGAAUACAAGAGGCUGGACAUAUCAAGAACGUAUUUUGUCGCAGAGAUAUUUAUUCUUUGUAAACGACACCGUCUACUUUCAAUGCCACAAAGCUGUCUGGGGCGAGGACUACCUUGCUGAACAUCAACAUCUACAGCAGACUGCCCCGAUGAUGGACAUCAGUUUGAGCAGAAGCUGGCAACCGCCUACAAUGACGAGAAGAACAAGAUAUCGGCUUGACUUGGAAACUCGGUCAGGACUGUCAGAACAGGAUCGUUUGCGGAGUAUUCUCUUUCCGGCAUAUUGUCAACUCAUUGCCGAGUACACCUCCCGAAACAUGUCCUAUCCAACCGAUCGGCUGAACGGCGUUGGCGGAAUUCUCUCAGUACUAGAUCAAGAUGGCAAGAUGGAUUAUAUGUAUGGUUUGCCUAGACCUCUGCUCGAAGCCGCUAUCCUGUGGCGACCACAACAGGAUCUUACUCGCGUGCCCAUUGACCCAGCCACUGGCAGAGCUCUUUGGCCAAGUUGGAGCUGGGCAGGAUGGAUCGGAGGUGUAGAGUAUGACCCCGAAAGUGAUUAUAAUGGUCUCGAUCAGCUUUCCAGCGGCUCCUUGAGGACCCGGUCGAUAACAAAAUUGAGCCACUGUCGCUUUGAAAGCCAUGGACAGCCCAGAUCUGAAGAGAUGGUGUCGCUUGGUCAAAACAUCAAAUCAACGAUUUCUCCUCAUGGAUUGUACAUCAGAACUCGGGCUGGAAAGUUUAGACUUACCCUACACGAUCGCAGUGGACAAGUUGAUGAGCCACCUGGUAUCUAUCGGUUUGGCAUCUCGUACUCUGCAUCGUCUCCCCCGCGCGCCAGCUUAGGCAAUGGUGGACUUGAUGACGACGAACCGUGGCUGGGCACAAUACGCCUCCCCAAGAGCUUCCGUCGCAAGCUGUCAAACGAGUACGAGUUCAUCAUCCUCUCUGAAGCAUACAACUUUUCCAGCGAGGAACUAGGUCGGCAAGCGUCACGUUACACUGAGCCGUACUCAAUCUUCAAUGUUAUGCUUGUGAAAAGGAUGUCCCAAGGGAGAUGCCAAGUUGUGCAGGAAGAUGAUCCAGCGACGGUAAAAGAUGCUUACGAAGUGGAGAGAAUUGGAGUCGGACGUAUGAUGAAAGAAGCCUGGUCCAGUGUUGGGGAACUCAAGGACUUUAUACUUGUUUGA